CCGCCUCCCGAGAAGAAGGCGGGGCUUGCGAUUUACCACGUUGGGUUUGUCCGCAGCGCUAAUUACUUUUUCCGAAGGCUGGGGAGCCUCACUCCCGCUGGCGCCGCCGCCUCGCGCGCUCCUGCUCCGUCGCGGCCGCGCGGGGGGCGCCUGCUCCCGAGGACCAUGUGUGACGGCGCCCUGCUGCCCCCCCUGGCCCUGCCCCUGCUGCUGCUGCUGCUCUGGGGACUGGACCCGGGCACAGCUGUCGGCGACGCGGCGGCCGACGUGGAAGUGGUGCUCCCGCGGCGGGUGCGCCUGGAAGACGUGCACCUGCCGCCCCUGCCCGGCGCCCCCGGGCCCCGCAGGCGCCGGCGGCCCCGCGCGCCCCCCGCAGCCCCGCGCGCCAGGCUGGGGGAGCGCGCCCUGCUGCUGCACCUGCCGGCCUUCGGGCGCGACCUGUACCUGCAGCUGCGCCGCGACCUGCGCUUCCUGUCCGGCGGCUUCGAGGUGGAGGAGGCCGGCGCAGGCGGGAGCCACGGACGGUCAGCCGAGCUGUGCUUCUACUCCGGCAGCGUGCUCGGCCACCCCGGCUCCCUCGUCUCGCUCAGCGCCUGCGGCGCCGCCGGCGGCCUGGUUGGCCUCAUCCAGCUUGGGCAGGAGCAGGUGCUCAUCCAGCCCCUCAACAGUUCCCAGGGACAAGAGCAUCUGGUCAGGCGCAAAUGGUCCUUGACACCCAGCCCCUCUCCCGAGGCCCAGAUACCUGGGCAGCGCUGCAAGGUCCUCACAGAAAAGAAGAAGCCGAGGAGGGGCCGGCCAUCGUGGGACGGGCGGCAGCGGAGAAACGCCAUCCGGCUGACCAGUGAGCACACGGUGGAGACCCUGGUGGUGGCCGACGCCGACAUGGUGCAGUACCACGGGGCUGAAGCAGCCCAGAGGUUCAUCCUCACCGUCAUGAACAUGGUAUACAAUAUGUUUCAGCACCAGAGCCUUGGAAUUAAAGUCAACAUUCAGGUUACCAAGCUUGUCCUGCUACGACAACGUCCUGCCAAGUUGUCCAUUGGGCAUCAUGGUGAGCGGUCCCUGGAGAGCUUCUGUCACUGGCAGAAUGAAGAGUACGGAGGUGCACGGUACCUCGGCAACAACCAGGUUCCAGGAGGCAAGGACGACACGCCCCCCGUGGAUGCUGCUGUAUUCGUGACCAGGACAGAUUUCUGCGUACACAAAGAUGAACCUUGUGACACCGUUGGAAUUGCUUACUUAGGAGGUGUGUGCAGUGCUAAGAGGAAAUGUGUGCUUGCCGAAGACAAUGGCCUCAAUUUGGCCUUUACCAUCGCUCAUGAGCUGGGCCACAACUUGGGCAUGAACCACGACGACGACCACUCCUCCUGCGCCGGCAGGUCCCACAUCAUGUCGGGAGAGUGGGUGAAAGGCCGGAGCCCCAGCGACCUCUCCUGGUCCUCCUGCAGUCGAGAUGACCUCGAGAACUUCCUCAAGUCAAAAGUCAGCACCUGUCUGCUGGUCACAGACCCCAGGAGCCGGCACGCGGUGCGCCUGCCCCACAAGCUGCCAGGCAUGCACUACAGUGCCAGCGAGCAGUGCCAGAUCCUCUUUGGCACCAAUGCCACCUUCUGCAGAAACAUGGAGCAUCUGAUGUGCGCUGGACUGUGGUGCCUGGUGGAAGGAGAUACGUCCUGCAAGACCAAACUGGACCCUCCCCUGGAUGGCACAGAGUGUGGGGCAGACAAGUGGUGCCGCGCGGGGGAUUGUGUGAGCAAGACACCCAUCCCAGAGCACGUGGACGGAGACUGGAGCCCCUGGGGUGCCUGGAGCAUGUGCAGCCGCACGUGUGGGACGGGAGCCCGCUUCCGGCAGAGGAAAUGUGACAACCCUCCCCCAGGACCAGGAGGCACGCACUGCCUGGGUGCCAGUGUGGAGCACACAGUCUGUGAGAACCUGCCCUGUCCCAAGGGCCUGCCCAGCUUCCGUGACCAGCAGUGCCAGACGCACGACCGGCUGAGCAGCAAGAAGAAGGGCCUGCUUACUGCAGUGGUGGUUGACGAUAAGCCGUGUGAACUCUACUGCUCACCCCUUGGGAAGGAGUCCCCUCUGCUGGUGGCCGAUAGAGUCCUGGACGGCACGCCCUGCGGGCCCUACGAGACGGAUCUCUGCGUGCAUGGCAGGUGCCAGAAAAUCGGCUGUGAUGGCAUCAUCGGGUCUGCGGCCAAGGAAGACCGGUGUGGGGUCUGCAGCGGGGACGGCAAGACCUGCCGCGUGGUCAAGGGCGACUUCAGCCACGCUCGGGGCACAGUCAGGAAUAAUCUUUGUACCAAAGUGUCCACAUGUGUGAUGGCAAAGGCUGUUCCCAGGCGUUUCUCAUGUUAUAUUGAAGCUGCCAUCAUUCCAGCCGGAGCUCGAAGGAUUCGUGUGGUGGAGGAUAAACCUGGCCACAGUUUUCUGGCUCUCAAAGACUCCAGUAAGAGAUCUAUCAACAGUGACUGGAAGAUAGAGCUCCCUGGAGAGUUCCAGAUUGCAGGCACAACCGUCCGCUAUGUUCGAAGGGGCCUGUGGGAGAAAAUUUCUGCCAAGGGACCGACCAAAAUGCCGCUGCAUCUGAUGGUGUUGUUAUUUCAUGACCAAAAUUACGGAAUUCAUUAUGAAUACACCAUUCCUGUAAACUACACGACUGAAAAUCAAAGUGAGCCAGAAAAACCCCAGGACUCCUUGUUCAUCUGGACCCACAGCGGCUGGGAAGGGUGCAGUGUGCAGUGUGGCGGAGGGGAACGCAGAAGCAUCGUGUCCUGCACACGGAUUGUUAACAAGACCACAACGCUAGUGAACGACAGUGACUGCCCUCAGGCCAGCCGCCCGGAGCCCCAGGUUCGAAGGUGCAACUUGCACCCCUGCCAGUCACGGUGGGUGGCAGGCCCGUGGAGCCCCUGCUCAGCAACCUGCGAGAAGGGCAUCCAGCACCGGGAAGUGACCUGCGUGUACCAGCUGCAGAACGGCACACACGUUGCCACCCGGCCCCUCUACUGCCCCGUGCCCCGGCCAUCACCAGUGCAGAGCUGCGAGGGCCAGGACUGCCUGUCCAUCUGGGAAGCAUCGGAGUGGUCACAGUGUUCUUCCAGCUGUGGCAAAGGCACACAGAAACGGACUGUGACGUGCACCAACUCCCAAGGAAAAUGCGAUGCGUCCACUAGGCCGAGAGCCGAGGAGCCCUGUGAGGACUACUCCGGCUGCUAUGAGUGGAAAACCGGGAGCUGGUCCAAGUGCUCGUCGACCUGUGGGAAGGGCCUGCAGUCCCGGGUGGUGCAGUGCAUGCACAAGGUCACCGGGCGCCACGGCAACGAGUGCCCUGCCCUCUCCAAGCCAGCUGCCUACAGACAGUGCCACCAGGAAGUCUGCAAUGACAAGAUCAACGUGAACACCAUCACCUCCCCUCGCCUCGCUGCCCUGACCUACAAAUGCACGCGGGACCAAUGGACAGUGUACUGCAGGGUCAUCCGAGAGAAGAACCUCUGCCAGGACAUGCGGUGGUACCAGCGCUGCUGCCAGACGUGCAGGGACUUCUAUGCGAACAAGAUGCGCCAGCCGCCCCCACCGCCGAGCUCCUGACAGGCAGCCCGCUGGUCCUGCGAUGCUCCAACGCGAGGUCUGCGUCCCGACGCCACGGCUAGAUGAAAGCCCACCCACCUGAGAGCCCACCGGUCCUGCGGCCGGGACCCACCGAGGCACACCGCGGCUCACCCAGGAGGCUGUCCCGAGAAUCCGACUGCAUAGAACUUGAGAGCGGACUUGACGUUUGCUUAGUGCUUUUAUACUUAAUAUAUUGUUAACAGCCACUGGAUGGCUUUCUACGAUAAGGAAAAAAAAUAGGCAUGAGUCACAAAAUAAUUGUAAUUUCUAAGUUCCACGUACCUCAAAGGGAACACCUCUGACAGACAGUUGUCGAGAGACGUCACGGGCGCCCCUGUCUUGACUUUUCCUCUGACGUUUGAAUUCCCAGUGCUCAAUGUACCGCGAGGUGGGGGUGGGGGUGGGGGGAGGAUAUCCCCCAAAAUGAGAUGCUUUCCUUUAAAAACAGGCUUUAUUCUCAAAGCCAGUGAUGCUCUGGAUGGGAGGAGGCUUCUCUGGAGAGGGGGCACUGCCGGAGCUCCCCAGACACCACCAGGACGCCACGUGGCCCUGCGCCAGGUCAGGGAACAUGCUCUCUAGGUCCUGGGUCUCUCCUGGGAGGUCUUGUCCCUGGGAGGCUGAGUGUGUGUGAACCACCAAGGAUGCCAGGCCUAUGUAGCUCUGCACAGCAGCCACAUGGGGGAGAAUGUUCCAGUGGUGUCCGGGUGAGAGGACGCAGCUAGUUUUUCAGAUCUCUGUGGUCCCCCACACAGGGGGACAGAAGAGCCGCUCCUCAAGGUGCUGCGCGCGGAGGCACGUGCCGGUCUAGCCUUGGGCUUGCUGCCUGCGCAGAGGUGAGCUCAGCGCAGCUUUCUGAGCGUGAGGCGCUCCCUCUCUGCUCCCAGGGACCUCUGCUCUAGCCAGAGGUCAGGAAGCUUUGCACCCGUUAGAGAAGGCUUCGUGCUGACCCUGGCCAUCUAUCUGAAGUUGAUUCUUCUUGGAAGCGCUGACUCAGGCUCAGACCUGGUGCUUCACCCUGACACGGGGCGGGUUUCCUCCAGGACCACCCAGCCUGGCAGAGGAGUGCCCCCUGCCCGGGAUGGCUGUGCGCUCAUCCCGCUCUCCUGUGGUCCAGACCAUGCAGUGUUCGCCACUGUCAUGCUGUCGUUACUGACCCACGUUAGUGGGGCAAGGAUGACAGAAAAGCCUGCAGAAGGCGUUUGCCUCCUACGGUCACCUUACCCCUCAAAACAUGGUUGGGCCCUCUUCUGAACGCAGGAAGAUGACAGGAAUGUGUGAAAGCACAAAAGAUGGUAGGACCCUGCCCGCCGGGGAAGCUGGGGGAAGGGGACCCAACAUGCUGGGAGGUCUGGUCUGCUGGCCAGCCUGGUGGGUGUUUGAUGGGUGCUUCUAUUCAAGGACUUUAUCAUGAAAAACCCACCCUCUCCUCCCUUAUUUCAGAGGGGAUCUUACUUAGGCUAAUCUCCACAGGAUCAUCUCCAAGUGCUUCUUGAUUUACUGGUGCUGUGUUUAUGUAUCUGUGUUUGUGUUUUUGACGUCACAACUUUGGAGUCAGCUUAAAUCAGAAAGAAAGAGACACUCUGCCCUGUCCAGCCUGCCCUGCGGGCUUGUUUUGCUUUCUGAUUGUUACUACCCCGGAGACAGAGAAGUGGUCGGAUGGCCGGGCAUCUGUUCAGUUCCACUUGAAUCUGUGAGAAGUGUUGAGAAAUCUCCUUAGGUGCUCUUUGGAAAGACCCCGGAGGGUGCCAGGCUGGGGCGGCCCAUCUGCAGGGCGAGCUCCUGCAGCUGCCCAGGACCUGUGCAGCAACGCUGUCCUCCCUGCUCCGGCUUGGCCGUCAGCAGACUCCCCCAAGGCCCUCAAAGCCUUGGGGAGCUAGGGCUUAGUUUUCCCCCAGCCCCAGAUGAGCUGUGCUUUACCAUGGAUGGACGGAAAGCUCUCAGCCUUGGGGGCUGAGGAGCGGAAUCAGGGCAGCCAGCCAAGAAGUCAGGGCAGCCUUGCGCGCUGUCUGUAUGGGAACCAGGGGCCCACCCGAGCUGGGCAGGCCUGUGCAUGGCCCAGAGGUGAGCCCUUUUCCUGGUGCUUCUCAGUCUCCCCAUUGGCCACCCUGGCCGUGUCAACUGGACACCCCUGGCAAGGGCCCCACACCCUCAGAAUGCAAGUGAUUGAUCCAGUUAUCAUUAAACAUCCCUUUGGUUCCCCAAAGUUCGGGUUUUUCUGAGCUCUUGUAGCUCUUGCUGGCACUGUCGCUCUGAAAUUCACCAGCCCGCCUUCUGUUCACGGCACAAGCAAUGGUUGAUCUCGGUGAAGCCGUCACGGCAUUCUUGCUCCACUUUGUACAGAAGACAAUGAAACCCUGUCAUUGCAACAGUGAUGUUUCUUUAGUAACAAUACCCCGUACUGUCACUCAAGUACUGUACCUUUUUGGUUGCACAAAUGUGUUACUAACUACAGACUCUCACAAUCUUAUGGUGCUAUUUCAUUGGUGCAAAUGAAACCCUCUCGGUUGACCAUGGCUUGAUAUUAUCAGAACACAGGGAAAGAUCCUCAAUGGCAAUAAUAUCAUUGCUUUGUUCUCUUUUCUUCAUUUCAGAGUCAAAUGUAUAUAUUUUCCAUUAGUUAACUUACGUACUGUACCCAUGGUAUUUUUGUUUUACUUUUUGGUGCUGGUUUGAAAGGAAAAAAAAGAACAGAAGACAAACAUUGGACACCACUGUAAAUGAAAAAUUAAUCAUUUCAUUGGAAGUGAGUUGAAUAUGUUUAAUAAAAUGUUCUUCCAUAACAA